AUGGCCAACCCCACUGCGUUCUUUGACACCAUUACAGACAGCAAGCCUUUGAGCCCUGUCUCCUUCGAGCUGUUUGCAGACAAAGUGUCAAAGACAGUGGAGAACUUUCGUGCUCUGAACACUGGGGAGGAAGGAUUUGGUUAUAAAGGUUCCUGCUUCCACAGGAUUAUUCCAGGAUUUCUGUGCCAGGGUGGUGACUUCCCACACCAUAAUGGCACUGGGGGUAAGUCCAUCUACAGGGACAAAGUUGAUGAUGAGGAUCUCAUCCUGAAGCACACGGGUCCUGGCAUCUUGUCCGUGACAAAUGCUGGACCCAACACAAACAGUUCCCAGUUCCUCAUCUGCACAGCCAAGAUGGAGUGGUUGGCUGGUUGGCAUGUGGUCUUUGGCAAGGUGAAAGAGGGCAUGAAUAUUGUGGAAGUGUGGAUGGGUUUGGGUCCUGGAACGGCAUGA